UUGUCCUUUUACUCCUCGACCCUUUCCCUUUUUUCCUCUUACCCUCCCCCCGCUCAACAUACAUACCUACAUAAUCGUCGUCGACCGGUAAUUCACGCAUAUUUCGAAUAAACGAUGGCUGCUAGAAGACCAGCACCGUCGGGUGGCAACACGCUACCUACGCAAAACCGCCAGAAUGAGUACUUUGUUCCAAGGGACGGAAUCGAUCGUGAGGUAAUCACGGCCGACAUCUGUCGCUACCUUGGCAACGAUGCACUCGUUCGGCCUGGCACAUACGAGAACCCUUCGACCGGCCAAAUCAUUCAGGGUUACUACAUAAAUGCGUAUCGUAACCUGACGACAGCUAUGAUUGAAGACCUGAAAGCAGAUUCGGCGCGCUGGGACCAAGAAAGGCGGCAGCAAUCGGCGAGCCGUAACAAUGCUGCGGGAGGUACUAUAGCCUCGAGAGACUCGAAUGGCGUAUAUGUCAGACUCUCUAACUCCCCUAUAGUCCAAUAUAGAAACUCGGACACACACCAAUCCCGUCAAUACUACGGACCUACCGAGGCCGGAUUCGCGGCGGCGGAUCCAAACCGAGAUCCGUACGGUGAUGCUACUCCCAGGUACCCAGGCACUGGUUCCGCAGGAUAUACAGGUGCCUCUGGCGCGUAUGCAUCGCAGCCAUAUCCUCAGGGUGGGUAUAGUUCUCAACAAGGGUAUACUACCCAGGCGCAAUUUCAGACUCCUGCCGGAGGUGUGAAUUAUCCUUCUAUGGCUCCGCAAGGGUUUGGCCAGGCCGGCCAGGAGCCUCCUUUCCAGCUGGUUGGAGCAGAUUCGAGAGUGGCGAACAACCAACAGGCCAUGUAUAAUGACCCGUACGCAGGCUCAAGAGACCCGAGAGACCCUAGGGAUCAAAGGACGCCCAUGACCACAAUGCCGGCAAGUAGGACUACUUACGCAACUUCAGGACCACCUGCACCUCAGGGCUAUCCAUCAUCGGCGCCUGGCGGUGGAUUUUACCCUUCGAACCCGUCACCGUCGAACCCGUCCUAUGCGCCUACCGUGCAACCUGGAGAUCCAUUCUAUGGACGCGGUGCGUACACCACAGGUUUAUAAUCCACCUCCCUAUUCCCCUUUCUGAUUGUUUAGCAUCUCCAGCAGGCACAACCUCCUACGGUUCAGCACAAGAUCCACAGUAUGAAAACACCCCUGCCCCCCGUACCUCAACCACCACAACCAGUACUCAAAUUCCAACUAGUGGAGCGUCUGCGCGGCAUCGUGAAAACAGGGACAGCGUCGAUCGCCAUACCGAUUCCAGACACGCUCAUCGGCCUCAUCGCUCUGGACGAAA